AUGGUGGCAGAAUUGAUCCCAUCGUAUUUAGGUUUUGGGAAUGAUAUUUACAUGAUGGGGAUUUGUGGUAUGGGGGGUCUAGGAAAAACAACUCUUGCUAGUGCUAUAUAUUACGAGUAUUCUGAUCUCUUUGAAGGUUCUAGUUUUAUUGCCAAUGUUAGGGAAAGAUCAGAAAAAGAUGAACUGCAUGAAUUACAACAACAAUUGCUUGAUGAAAUUUUGGAGGGAAGUAGUUGGAUCAUCAUAACAACUAGAGAUGAACAUGUUUUGGUCGAUAAUGGAAUGCUUAAAAUAUAUAAGCCUAAUGGAUUAGAAGAUGAUGAUGCUUCAAAACUUUUUUGUUCAAAAGCCAUCAAAAAGGUGCAACCUGAAGAAGGUUAUAUGCAGCUCUCCCAGAAAGUUGUGGGAUAUGCUAGUGGUCUUCCAUUAGCUCUUGUUACUUUGGGUUCCUUUUUGGCUGGAAGAAAUAUAGAUGAAUGGAAAAGUGCAUUGGAAAAUUUUUGA